AUGAGCUCCUCGGGGACGCAAUACUCAGCGGCCUACCUGGCUCAGUCGCGCGUCACGGAGGUGUGGGUAGGAUACUCGGUCCCCAUUCCCAUCGAGGUCCUGACCACCCUAUGGCGACUCUGGAUCAAACUGAGGCCGUCUUCGAAGAAUGGCUUGGCGUUCGAUGACUACCUCAUGAUUUGGGCCACGAUCAUCGGAGUUGGUGUCUGUGUCAGCGGGUUGGUUUACGGUCCUCCCUAUGGUUUCGGGCGACAUGUCGCUGCUCUUCCCCCGGGCGAAGACGAAAAAUUCAUGAGGGGCGACUAUAUCUUCAGUCACUUUUACGACGUGGCCAUCGCCAGCACCAAGCUUUCCGUAUUGGCACUGUACUAUCGCAUCUUCAUCACCCCCAAGUUCCGCCUUGUCGUCAUCCUGACUGUAGUCUGGGUAAUUCUAUGGCUCAUGACCAUGGAAAUCGUCUUAGGGCUAGAGUGCCGGCCGAUUGAGAAAUUCUGGAACUCCAGCGUGGAAGGGACAUGUUUCAACCUGGUCGCAUUCAGCUACUUCACCAACAUCACCAAUCUCGUCACAGACAUCUGGAUCUUCCUUCUCCCAUUGCCCGUUAUCCUGCGACUCCAGAUCACAAAGAAUAAGAAAAUCGGGCUCAGUUUCCUCUUCUCCGUCGGCUUAGCAACAUGCGCCAUCAGCGCAGCCCGACUAACCGUUGUCGUCACCCAAGGCUCAUCAGAUUACACCUGGGCCGGCGUCCCCCUCGGCAUCCUCUCCGCUUGGGAACCCCUCGGCGGAAUCCUCUGCGCCAACCUCCCCGUGAUCUACAAAUCCCUGGCAUCCAUCUUCCACAGCAUAAAAGGCACUCUCCGAAGUCGCAGCGCAAACCCCUCCAUCUCCCAGCACCAAUCCAAAUCCACCGCCCACAACCACCAUAACACUUGGCUGCAGCUCCACAACGGCAGUGGAGGAAACAGCUACCGAUCCGAGAUCUCGGCUCUCAAGAGCAUGGACGAUGAUGUUGAUGAGACUGAGUUGCAGCCGGUCGUGCGGAGCUUAAAUACCAUUAUCGUGGAGAGGCAGUUUGAGCAGGAGGUGGAUCUUGAGGGCGGCGACGAGGCGCCGUUAAGGGGAAGAGGGACGGGAUGA